AUGCAGGACUACGUCACGCAGUACUUUGAAGAGAGGUACGCGGCAGCGGGCGUGCGCGCGGAGUGGGCGUACAACGUGUGUGCGGGUGCGCGGCGCGCUCUCGACGAGCCGCAGCUGCGGUUGUUCUGCGGCACGCUGCUGGCCGCGCUCAGCGAGGACGUGUACUGGGCGCACAGGGAGGCGUACCACGCACUCAAAGCGGACCUGUACAGGCACGCACGGGAUGGUGAGACCAUAACAUUGGAAGAGUUUGAGAAAGUAGCAAAAUCUACCUUCCCCUUGAAAAGUGAAGUGGACAUAAAAAACCUAAGUGAUGUGGUGCGUAAGCAGCUCAAAAUGAAGAUCAAUCACAACGUUGUUAACUUGGACAAUCUGUUUCUAGAGAAUGAAGAAGGAUUCGAUCGUCUAGACAUCGCCAGAGAACUGUUCCGGCAAAGGCAACUGGCCCAGGACAAGUAUAUUCGGGAAAUAGUUGCGGAAUUGGGCGGAAGGCGUGCGUCAAAUAAGUGCAUCAGUGUUGACAACCUGAAACGAGCUUUCGCGAUUGUCGAUCCCGCUAUAGAUCACAUCCGCAUGGAGCGUAACAUCCGCUGGGCUUUUUCCGAUCAGACGUCGGAACUGAAUAGCAUUAGUCCAAUUCCACUACGCACUUUAGUCGCACGACUUGCCGCAGGCAACAUAGAACGAGUCGGACCUCGUUACAAGGGCAUGCAUAGAAGAACCUUUUACAAAUAA